CUGCUGUAUGCAUAUGCAUUUGCAUUGCUACUAGACUGCUCGGACCUUGAACGUCCCGGCCGGCAAGGGCGAAAGCACGAAACUAGCCUCAAGAAUCCUGUUUGCGCAUUUCCUCGAUUUUGCAUAGGCCUACCCGUAGGCAUAGUUAGUUUGAAACGUAGCCACGGUUUUCGAGUCACCAUAAUCAACAGCAUGUCUUUGCUCAAAGUAUUAUCAAGACGCAGCAUUUUCCAAGCAAAAAAUCUGCUACCGUCACUAACGUGUGGUACAAGGAGUGUCUCAGAUUCAACGAAUUUGAAGGAUGUACUGGCUGACUUGAUACCUCAAAAACAGAAGGAGGUGGUAGAAUUCCGGAAAAGCUAUGGCAAUAAGGUGAUUGGGGAGAUUGUUGUAGACCAGCUGUAUGGAGGCAUGCGUGGCAUCAAAGGUCUGGUGACGGAGACUUCCGUGUUAGAUCCAGAAGAGGGAAUUCGCUUCCGAGGUUUUACAAUUCCCGAAUGCCAGGAAAAAUUACCCAAGGCACCAGGCGGUGAGGAACCUUUACCAGAGGGACUGUUCUGGCUGCUGGUGACCGGUAAAAUACCAACAGAGAAACAGGUGCAAGCAGUGUCGAAGGAGUGGGCAGCUCGUGGUGCUAUUCCUUCUCAUGUGGUUCAGAUGCUGAAUAACUUCCCAAGCACCUUGCAUCCCAUGUCACAGUUUAGUGCAGCCAUUACUGCUAUGAACAGUGAUAGCAAGUUUGCUAAGGCCUACAAUGAUGGAGUCAAUAAGGCUUUGUACUGGGAGUAUGUAUAUGAAGAUGCCAUGGAUCUUUGUGCCAAGAUAACUACUGUAGCAGCCACCAUCUACCGUAAUGUGUAUAGAGAAGGUAGCAGUGUGUGCCCCAUUGAUGUGGACCUUGACUGGUCUGGUAACUUUGCCAUGAUGCUUGGUUAUGAAGAUGAGAUGUUCAAGGAACUCAUGAGGCUCUAUCUCACCAUUCACAGUGACCAUGAAGGAGGCAAUGUUAGUGCUCACACCGUUCAUCUUGUUGGCAGUGCUCUCUCUGAUGCCUACCUUAGCUUAGCUGCCGGCAUGAAUGGUCUGGCUGGACCCUUGCAUGGACUAGCCAAUCAGGAGGUACUGGUGUGGAUUACCAAGCUUCAAGAGGAGCUGGGAGGUGAGGUAUCAGAUGAAAAAUUGAAAGAGUUUAUCUGGAACACUCUGAAAUCAGGACAGGUGGUACCCGGCUAUGGUCAUGCUGUACUUCGCAAGACAGACCCAAGAUACACCUGUCAGCAAGAGUUUGCUCUCAAACACCUCCCUGAUGACCCACUCUUUAAAUUGGUAGCGCAGCUGUACAAAGUGGUUCCUGAUACCCUGCUGGAGCAUGGUAAAGCCAAGAACCCAUGGCCAAAUGUGGACGCCCAUAGUGGAGUGCUCUUGCAGCAUUAUGGUAUGACAGAGAUGAGCUACUACACUGUGUUGUUUGGUGUGUCACGUGCACUGGGCACUAUGGCGUCUCUAAUAUGGGAUCGUGCAUUGGGUCUUCCCCUAGAACGACCCAAAUCAAUGAGCACUCCAGGCCUGAAGAAGUUAGUUGGAGCCAACUAAAUCCAAACCUUCACAUCACCUCCCCAGGAAUUUACAGUUUGUAUGAUUUUGUUUCGAGAGGGAAACCGGUUUCAGCUGCAGUGUUUGUAAAGUGUUAGAAUUCUUGAAAGAUGAGCCCUGUUCUCUGCCAUUUCAUUAUAUCUUUAUUCCAAAAUGUUUGAUUUAUGUUCAGGCACUUCAGCAUGAUAAAUACUCUUUAAAGGUAUAUCAGGGGACAGACAUUAGCCAUGAAACUAGGAUAAGAAUGUCUGAUACUAAUGCGAUUCAGGUUAUCUGCGGUGGAGUUGCAGUUACUUCUCAGUCCUUGUAAGUACUUUACAGUACAAUUGUAUCUGUAUGAAUCAAGCCUGUAGGUACUUUUGAAUGAUUUCAUGUUCACAUCGUGCUUUUGUGAAAAACGUGUACAAAUUUUAGCAAAAGAACUGACACUUGGACUAGCAUCCAUAUCCUUUUGAAAAACACUUGUCCAUUGUCAGCACACCUGCUUGUCAGCAGAAUCUCAUGCUACACAUAAUCUUAACUUGGAGUAUUCAGUCCGCAAAGUUUUUUGAGCAGGGUGUGGAUCCUGUCAGACAACCUGGCUGGUUUUAUUUCUCAGAAUACUUGCUGGCCUCAGAAAAGUACUUGGCUACAAAACUGAUUUAGAAACUUUCUUUAUGAUCGUGGUUGUAUAAACUGGUUGUCAGAAUCCAUUUUCCAAUAUUGUUUCAUUAGACUGAGUUGUAUAGAAUAAAAAGAUGUCCUGUCUCAACAAUUAUAUUCUCACUUAAAAAUGCAGCAAUACUUCUACGUAUGUGUGUGUUGAAUGAAAUAUAUCUGCCAUGCCUUUCUGAACUGUGUCUUUGUGGGCAUAGCCAGGAUUUGGAAGUUUGUGGGACUUUUUCAGGUUAGAGAAAUAAGUAGUUUGAAAGGGGGAUGCAUCAUCCUUGAUGUCCUUUUUUAAACAGUGGAUUGUCUUUAAUUUUGAAAAUUGUUUGGAGGAAACAAGUGUACUACAUGUAAGUGCAGCCACUGAGGCUGGCAGAUUGUAUUGAUUACAUAUUCUGGGCUGUACAUUACUAUGCAAGGUUUUUCCCUGAAUCAUUUUCCCUAGAGAUAGUGUGUAGUUAAUGUAUGUUUUUCUGGGUGAUGGUUAUUUGCAGUGUGUUCAUGUUGCCUGAGAUAUAUAGCAGUAUUAUUUUAUGAGGGAUGCAUGCUUAGAUCCACAUAUUGUAAAUGUACUGCAUCAGAUAAAGAGCUUCUUGGGGACAACAUUGACCAACAACACAUUCAAUAUUGCCCUAUAAUGAUCCGUUUGGAUCUUUCACAUAUCCAGUUCACAUGGGCUGUCGUCUGCAGUGUCAAAUUCUUUCACUGAAUACUUAGAGUACACGUACACUGAGUGAAGUGCCACAUAACUUGAAGUACAAGUGGUUAAAAACCUUAUGUAAUUGUGCAUUGCUGACAUAACCUACUUUGCUUCAACUGAACUUUGCAUAUACAUGUAUGAAUUCAUGUGAUAAUUUCUGAAUGAGUUAAUUUCAGUUUUGACCAAUCACAUUUGCCUUGUUCAAGUAACUACAAUGAAUGGUCUACAGACAUAUACAUGUAGUAUGCAUGUGGAGCUUUCAUUAUGUGUUUCGUGCCAUGAAAAUGAAAAAAUGAAGAAUGAAUUUACUGAAUAGAAGAACUGCAUAAAGAGAUGGAUACAUCAUUGUAGUAUGAAACGCGGUAAGGUCAUGUAUACAGCAUUGUAGCGUGAGAAAUGUCAUUUAAAGGCUUGAAUCAAAACAACUGUCCAAAUUUAUGCCAAUGAAAGGUUAUGAUCUACCUUUUACACUGUAAAAAUGGUACAGCUAUCAUCCAUUAGAAUACUACCUUGUUUUGCAUUUAGAUGUCUUUCCAUAAUUAUGUGCAUUUUUAAUGCACCUCAACUUCAUAUACAUACAUGUAUCUGCAGAGACUGUUCACUGAAAUGUUACAUGAGUGAAAUGCAGCAAACGAAUGAUAUGGAAUGAAUCAAAGACAUACGUAUGGAAAGGAAUGAUAUGGAAUGAAUCAAAGACAUACGUAUGGAAAGUUACCUUUAUCCUCCCACAUACUCAAGUCAGCAUUUUUUGUGUGUGUGUAAAUCAUGAUGUAGCAUGUUCUUCCAGAUAACUUGUAUUUGGAACAUAACAAAUUCAAAUGAAGUGAAUCUAAUCUUUCUCCUAUGUUUGAAGACUAGUGUAGUUCUAAUUUUACAGAUUUUGAAAUGCAAAAGUUUUCCGUUUUCAAAUUCUGAGUAUUCUUUUAGAGAAGCAAAUUAGCAGUUUCAACAAUGCUACAGCUUGAAUAUGAGCCGGUACGAAGGUUUUAAUGUGAUACUAGCUGUGAGUCUUUUUUUCCGGAAAAUUGAUUAAUCAUUUGAUCUGAUUUUGUUCCAGUUUUUGUACCCAACCUGUAUUGGCAUAUUUCACUAGCUGAACAAACUGUACAUUGACAGUUUUGAACAGUGUAAAUAAGUUGAAUAGCUGCACAUAUCCUGACAUUUUAAGAAGUGCUAACAGUUGAUUUCGGUCAUUCACUUUCCAUUAUGUAUGCAUUUCUCUAUCAAAUUCUUGCUGUCUUAUUAAUAACUUAAUUUCAUUUUAACCUCAUUUCUAAAGAAAUCAAUUGAUCACCUGUUUAAUUUCUAGUGACUAGUUGAUCAUUAAAUUUCCUGUCAACAUGCAACAUGUAUAACACAUUUCAAUCAGUGCACAGCCAUUGCUCAUCCAGUCAUCUCUACAUCCACGGUGAAUACAUGUAUUUGCCGGUGCUCUCUUAGGACUAACCACCAGCAUAAACUCUUCCACCUUUUGGUUCCAAUUGUAGAAGAGUCCAGACUACCUUUACUUUAGUUAAUCGAGACAAAAAUAAAUCAACCUAAUUGGUUUUUACUGUAUUUAGAAAUGGGCUGUUAUAUUAGAAAUAUGUUGUCCGUUGUCACAACCUGCUCUGUGAUCAGAUGUUAAUUUAGGAAUUGAUACUUGACAUUUUCAAACUUUGUUUAGACUUGUUUUAUCAAAGUACAUGUACAUUGAGUAUCCAGUGUUUUAUAUAUAUACGUUGAUGUAAAGGCAAAACCUGUUAUUAAAAUUAACGUAUUCUCUUCAUCAAUUACAGUAAUACAGCAGGUAAUUGUUUAUUCAGACGAACCUCAGAUACAUGUAUAUGUUUCAUAUGUGUACAUGGGUGUUCAAACACAUUUAUUAAAUUGGAUGGAGAUAGAUUGUAUUGAAUAAAACUAAGAUUGAUUGUAUCCAAAAAGACACGAAAACAUACUCGUGAGAAUGAUUUGGAUGUGUUCUUUAUCUCCAAUUUAAGUUGUUUUCAUUGUGGAAUUUGAAUGGGUUGAUAAAUUAAAGCUGCCUCAUGUUUUAAUCACAA